AUGGGUUUGAUGUACUUUCUGAAAGCCUUCAUAACCGGAGCCUUUCUGGGUACUAUCGGUGCCGUCAUAUGUGCCUUCUGGAAGAACUGGGAUAUUGGCCAGAGCACGCAGAGCAUAGCGAGACGUCUUGAGCGAGACUCGAUAGCGGCUCACGACCCAAUACCGGCCUUCAUACGCACUCGAUCAAGUCGUCCGAGACAGGGAAACUCAGCUGGUGCCGCCACUCUGUCGAGUCUGCCGCCAGAGCUCCUCGAGAACGUCGCGCAACACUUGAGCUCGAUAGAUAUAUGUGUGCUACGGCUCGCGUCUCGCGAUAUGGCGUUCAAGGUCUUGCAGACUACGUUCACUCGCGAACAUUUCGCGAAGAGAAGCUGCUUGAUGUUCAGCUUAUCGGGCCUUGAGACUGUCCUCGAGAUCGCACGCCACCCUAUCUUGGGUCGGGCUCUGCGAGAGCUUGUCUUCUACGUCGAUACUGUCUCGCCACCGGAGGGUUCAGGACGAGUCGGAGAGUAUCUCCUGCGGAGUUAUCAUCAGCGUCAACGAGGCGUGUUUGAGGAUCAGGGUAAGCUUGUGGCGCAGUUUGACACGCUCUCGGAAGUUUUUCAACAGCUACAGCGCUACGAUCAGCUGCGCAAGAUUGUAAUCAUGUCAGUCCGCAAUACUGCACAGCGGUACAGGUACGACCGUCACAAGGUCGAGCCUCCCAACGCCGAGGUCGCACUGCAUCGUCUCGAGUUCGCUCUGAUGAUGCUUCCAGGAAAGGGCUUCACAUCACUCUCCGCACUGGCCAUGGAAGGCGACAUGGUAUGCAUCCGCACGCCAGAAUACUUCAACACGCGAACAACCCCUCUGUUCAGCAUUCAGUAUCUCCGCACCCCAUUCGUCGGCACCGCACUGUUCGAGAAUCUGGCCUCACUGACCAUGACGCUCCAAACAGACCAGUCCGACUACGAAAUAGGCAUGCGGCACCUACUCCUGGCCCUGAGCCGCAACACCGCACUAACUCACCUCGAUCUUUACUUCAUGCCCCAUGGCUUCGAGAAGAAGACGCCCUUCUCCGAUUCCUGGUCAGCCACAAUGUUGAUGGCUGCGAGCUUCCGGAAGCUCAAGAUACUUCAGGUCCGAUGCUUCAAAACGUGCCUUAGCAACCUGCGCUCCUUCGUUCGCCGGAAUUCUACGCUGGAGAAGAUUAUUCUGGUCGAAUACGCCUCGAUUGGGCUACGGGUGGCGGAGUAUGAUGCUUGGGAGACCUCUAUACACGGUGGAGGUCAUGCGCUUACUAUGAUCAAGAAUGAGAUUGGUUCUACCAUCGAUCAGGGGAUAGGAGCACGGCAGAGUAAGAAGCUCCGAGAGACGAUAGCGUUCACGAUCGGCUCAUACUCAAGCCGCAAUAUGUCAAGUCAGCAGGUCAUCGCUAGCGAUUGCACCACACGUAUGAAUUCUUGA